AUGUACGACUGCCUCGCCGAGCUGGGUGUGGUAUAUUACGGACCUCUGUUCCAAGGGAUGAGCAGCUGUUACGCAUCUAACACCUGCGCGGUGGGGAACGUUGUGGUACCGGCUGUGGUACUGGAUGUUGCAAAGGAGAUGCUGAACGGUCAUCUGACUGAUGCGGUAAUCCAGCCUGCUCUCCUGGAAUCCAUCAUUGAGAUGUAUUGUCUGCUUGUGGGAGCCCGUCGGCACGCCAUCAACACCAUCUACCUGCCCUCCUCAGUGGACCGGGCCACAGUCUCCCCCGCUGCCGAACGGCCGAAUCCGGGCAUCAUCACUACCCUGAAGGCAUGGAGGUUGUCAUCAUCCACGAAGACACCAGUUUCCAGAGUUUGGUGGCGAUGUGCCUCGUGUAUGCAUCUUCUUGAACGAGCUGUACCAACCAUUACUCUCCACACUUUCACCUGGCCAAUUUGCGACCCUGCAAAGGCUCCUGACAUGGCCGAUGGCGUCUUGACCAUCCGAUCAGAAACGGCCAUGAGAUUUGCAACCCUCGACCCGGAUGCCAAGUCCCAGCUCCCGGAACUCGAGACGGCCGACGCCAUUGUGAAGGUGUUCAACUUUGUCUUUGGCUCCGAUUCAUCGGCGACCGGAGAGCUGGAGUUCAUGAAGCGAGCAGGCGCAUUCUUCACCCCGUAG